GGGAGCACUGGCAGUUGCUGGGUAAUUUGAAGACUACUGUUGAAGGUUUGGUGUCAGCCAACAGCCCCAAUGUCUGGUCCAAGUAUGGUGGCCUGGAGCGGCUUUGCAGGGACAUGCAGAGUAUCCUCUAUCAUGGGCUCAUCCAUGACCAGGUGUGUUGCCGCCAGACAGAUUACUGGCAGUUUGUGAAAGACAUCCGGUGGCUCAGUCCCCACUCAGCCCUGCAUGUGGAGAAGUUCAUCAGCUUGCAUGAGAAUAGCCAGAGCAGCACGGAUGGCGUGAGUGAGCGUGCAAUUGCAGAGCUGUGGCUGCAGCACAGCUUGCAGUGCCACUGUCUCUCAGCCCAGCUCCGGCCUCUACUCGGGGAUAGACAGUAUAUCAGAAAAUUCUAUACAGAUACCGCUUUCCUGCUAAGCAACUCUCAUGUCACGGCCAUGCUGCAAUGCUUGGAAGCAGUGGAACAGAACAACCCCCGCCUACUGGCUCAGAUUGAUGCAUCUAUGUUUGCCAGGAAACACGAGAGCCCGCUGCUGGUGACAAAGAGCCAGAGCCUGACAGCACUGCCUAGUUCCACAUACACCCCUCCAACCAGCUACACUCAGCAUUCCUACUUUGGGUCCUUCUCCAGCCUCCAUCAAUCCAUGCUCAGCCAUGGCUCCGAGAGAAAAUCCUCUUCACUCUCUGGCCCUUCCCAGAAACCUCAAGAAAGCAGAGGACACGUCUCACCAGCAGAGGAUCAACCCGUUCAAGCCUCUCUGCUUUCGAUCUCUGCAUUAGCCAGGAAUUCUCCCUUAUCCUCAAAUGAGAUGAGCUCCAGCACUCUGACCAGUCCCCUAGAGGCAUCCUGGGUCACCAGCCAGAAUGAAUCCCCAAGUGAUGCCAGUGAGGGGCCUGAGUACCUGGCCAUCGGCAACCUGGACCCCCAAAGCAGGACCACCAGCUGUCAGAGUCACAGCAGCAACACUGAGAGCAGCAGCUUCAAUUUGUUCUCUUCCAGCAGCUCCCAGAAGCCAGAGUCUACCGCUUCUUCCCUAGGGGACCAGGAGGGAGGUGGGCAGAACCAGCUGUCUAGUGUCCUUCGCAGGUCCAGCUACUCAGAGGGACAGACACUCACGGUCCACAUUGGAGCAAAAAAGAGCCACACUCGCUCUCAUUCAGAUACCAACAUCAUCUCCAGUGGAGCCCCAGGAGGCCCCAGGAAUAUCACCAUUAUAGUUGAAGAUCCCAUUGCAGAGUCCUGCAAUGAUAAGUCGAAGUUAAGAGGCCCCUUGUCCUACUCUGGCCAAAGCAGUGAAGUCAGCACACCCAGCUCUCUGUGCAUGGAGUAUGAAGGUGGUCAGUACCUGUGCUCAGGGGAAGGCAUGUUCCGCCAACCAUCAGAAGGGCAGUCCCUCAUCAGCUACCUCUCUGAGCAGGACUUUGGCAGCUGUGCAGACCUGGAAAAGGAGAAUGCUCACUUCAGCAUCUCAGAGUCCUUGAUUGCUGCCAUUGAGCUAAUGAAGUGCAACAUGAUGAGCCAAUGCCUGGAAGAGGAAGAGGAGGAGGAAGACAGUGAUAGAGAGAUCCAGGAACUGAAACAGAAGAUUCGCCUUCGUCGCCAGCAGAUCCGCACCAAGAAUCUGUUCCCUGGGUACCAGGAGACUGAACAUGGAAGCUUUUGGGUCACUUCCAGCAGCUCCCAGCUCAGUUCACGUGAUUCAACACAGUUCUCUGACUCUGGCUCUGCUGAUGAGGUAGACGAAUUUGAAAUCCAAGAUGCUGACAUCAGAAGGAGCACAGCCUCAAACAGCAAAUCCUUCCUUUCGUCCCAGUCCUUGUCCCACUGCUUCCUACACUCCACGUCCGCUGAGGCAGUGGCCAUGGGGCUACUGAAGCAGUUUGAGGGGAUGCAGCUCCCGGCCGCCUCGGAGCUAGAGUGGCUGGUUCCAGAGCAUGAUGCCCCUCAAAAGCUCCUGCCCAUUCCUGACUCACUGCCCAUCUCACCAGAUGAUGGACAGCACGCUGACAUCUACAAGCUACGGAUUCGUGUUCGUGGGAACCUGGAGUGGGCCCCACCCCGGCCUCAGAUAAUUUUUAAUGUUCAUCCAGCUCCAACAAGGAAAAUUGCUGUGGCCAAACAGAAUUACCGCUGUGCGGGAUGCGGCAUCCGGACUGACCCCGAUUAUAUCAAGCGGCUGCGAUACUGUGAGUACCUGGGCAAGUAUUUCUGUCAGUGCUGCCAUGAGAAUGCCCAGAUGGUCAUCCCCAGCCGGAUCCUGCGGAAGUGGGACUUCAGCAAGUACUGUGUCAGCAACUUCUCCAAGGAUCUGCUCAUCAAGAUCUGGAACGAUCCUCUCUUCAAUGUGCAGGACAUCAAUAGUGCCCUCUAUAGGAAGGUUAAGGUGCUCAAUCAAGUCCGGCUGCUGCGGGUCCAGCUGUAUCACAUGAAGAACAUGUUCAAGACAUGUCGACUGGCCAAAGAGCUUCUGGAUUCCUUUGACACAGUUCCAGGCCACCUGACAGAGGAUCUUCACUUGUACUCGUUGAAUGAUCUGACUGCAACCAGGAAGGGGGAGCUGGGGCCUCGGCUUGCUGAGCUCACCAGGGCAGGGGCCACCCACGUAGCUCUAUGCGUGCUCUGCCAGGCCAAGGGCUUCAUCUGUGAGUUCUGUCAGAAUGAGGAUGACAUCAUCUUUCCUUUUGAGCUCCAUAAGUGCCGGACCUGUGAAGAGUGUAAAGCAUGUUACCAUAAAGCUUGCUUCAAGUCUGGAAGCUGUCCCCGGUGUGAGCGGCUCCAGGCCCGGCGGGAGUUGUUGGCCAAGCAGAGCCUGGAAUCCUAUCUGUCAGACUACGAGGAGGAGCCCACUGAAGCCUUGGCCCUAGAAGCCACCAUCUUGGAGACCACCUGAAGAAAGCACAUCAAGCUCUCUAACUAAGGACUAGAGUCACACAUGAUGCGGAACUGAGCCACCCUUUUAAGGACUUUUCCCACUUGGGGCUUUUUUUUUUUUUUUUUUUUUUUAAUAUUAUUAUUAUUAUUUUUUUUAUGACUUGUCUGACAUCCACGUGUAGCCAUCCUGUCUGGCCUUUGUUAGGUUAAUGGGGUCCAGUCUGUUGUGACAGAUAAUCUGUAGGCACCAGGUUUUAACAUCAGAACUGACACAUAGGUUCCUAAAUGAAGCUUCUGGUGCCUCCGUCAGAGGAAUGGACAGCCAGACCCAAUUCUUCUGACAUCCAUGUUCUUUUCCACUAGGACCAGAUCUGGUUUCAACUGAUCCCAAGUGUCACUUCCAGUUUUAUUUCCUUUUAACGUUGGAGCUUCUGAGCCAGGCCUUUCUCAACCAACUCACUUCUCCUUUGCUGCUGAAAUGGGGAUGGGAUUAUUUUCUCUCCCAAAUCCUGGAAUAGGGUCAGACUGUGCCCUGAGGAGAAAUGACAGAGAACAGGACUUCGUUGUGGGCAUUGUGUCCAGCUUACUUACGUCUUUUUGGGGCCAUCAAAGAGCACCGGUACUACCCUGGAACCUUUAGAAGCCUCAAGGAGGCAGUCAGGACUGAGGUGCCACAAGCUGACUUUCUUUAUCUACCCUGGUGGGCUUGGCGCAAAGGACAGAACUGAUGCUUAGGCCAGGCCCACUUGUAGCCUUAACAGCAGGCAUAAGUGAGGCUAUAACUCUGUUGCUUAAAGAGCAUUCAUUCAGUCAGAGGAGCUCUUGACCCCCUUUUAGGUGUAAGGUCCCUUUUAGUCAACCUGGCUCCUUGGUGCAGGUAUGCUCUUUCAAGCUCAGGCAAGUCCCUGAUGCCAUCCUAAGCUGAGGACAGAAACCCCACGCACCAUCUUAUUAGUGAGUCCCUUACUACUCUGUCCUCUGUUAGAUGGUCAUUGUGGUUCUUAGUAAAAAUAUGGCCCAACUCCGUUCUCUUCCCCUUCCUGCAACAGAGCUGGGACCCUCCCUGGGAGUUGAUCUCUUGCCUUAGUCUCUUUUGUCAAAGUCGGGGGAAAUGCUUCCUGCUAUUAGUGGUGUUAUAGAAUUUGACAGUUUGUGGAUGUGAGUGUGAAUGUUCCUGUGUUCUUGGAAUAACAAGAGCCUUCAUGCCAGUUAUGCACUUAACUCGUUAUCUAGCCUUGUGAUACCCGUAUAUUCAAUCAUCCUUUUCAUAUUACUAAUUUUAACCCUCCCUCCCUUUUUAAAUGUGUUUCAACAGGGAAAAUUUGUGGAUGAGACCUUGUGUAUGUCUGUGGUGGUCUUUGUGUUGCUUUGGCGUCUAACCUCUAGGUAAAACACUGGGCAGGGUUGCUACUCCCAGGGCUAGCAGCUGUGUGAACUAAGGCCCAUAGCGUUUUUGUUCUGAGACUGGACUCUUCCUGUGUAGCUGUCUUCCCAGAGUUAGUUGCUAGUAGAAAACACACGGCUUGUGCACUUCCCAGGAAGCUGAACAGAAAGUUGCACGUGGUUGGUGGAAGCUGAUGCGUGAAGGAGCUGGAGAUACAAGGAGUCUCACAAGGAAGGAGAAGGGGCAUCAAGGUAAUGGCCAGAGCUGAGGCUCCACCAGGGAGAAGCAACAUGUCAGAACUGGCCCGUGGUGUGGUUCCUCUGUCUUAAACUUGGGAUCUGAAGGCUACAUCAAGCUGGAAGGCCUGGAGACUAUAAAAGCCAAGGCCUUCAGCCCAACCCAGUCUUUGAAGGGCUUACUGGAAGCUCCCUUGCCCUUUAAGGAGCUGUGGGAAUGACCCCACAAAACUCGUCUCACUUGAGGGUUAGGCCCCAGAUUCAGGCUUGUAGAAAAUGGUGGGCUGUACGUCCAGCUCCUUACCCCAAGUCACUACACUGAAGGAGAGAUGUACUGUCUUACCAUCCUGCCUGUUUUGUAUUAGGAUAGCAUCAGAGGAUGGAAAACGCUGACAGCUUCUGAAGCUGAGCUCAGCAGUCUUACACACUCCUGGUUUUCCACUUACUCUUCUCCACCUCUCCAACUCCAUCCCUUUAGACUGCGUAUCUGUUUCAGUGACGCGGAUACCAUGCUGUCAUCACUGUCCAAAUACCCAAUUAUUUAUUUAUUUGAGAGUUGGGGAGAGGGCAGAGGGUGGGAUGUUUCAAAAGCACUUUUGCAACUUAUCAGUAUCUGAAAAUCCCCUGCUGUGUGGGGAGAAGCUCUGAAUGCACUGAAGAGAGUUCCUUCUGAGUAAAACAGGAGGGAAGAAGUGUUCUCUAUAGCAAAGGGAAAGAAAAACAAUUUGCUUACUUGGUGGAGACAAGAUUCAAGACAUAGCAGAAGAGUGGGAGGCAAAUAUUUUCCACUUAAAUGAGGCUGUUAUUGACUCUCUCUGCCAAGGCUUUAGCGCUUUUGGUGAAUUAACAUAAAGAAACAAGAGUCUAAAUAGUGAUGUUCCCUGAGUGUGUAUAACUCGUGUUCUGAACUGCAUUUCUACUUGUCAUAGUUCUUACACAGCCUAACAGUUCAUUGCCAUCUUUAAUAAACUAAGGAAAUGAAAUUUCUGCCUUUUGUUUGCCUGCCUUGACUGUCAGGAAAUGGUAUUGAGUGUCCACUGUAAAGCAGGCCUGUCUGUGAAAAUACAGAAGGUUUCUGUGUUGUAAUGUCAAGGAAACUGGAAUCAGGAAAAGGGGUGUUUUGUCCCUGACUUGUUAUGUGACCUUGAGGAAAUCGUUUCAUCUCUUUAGACUUCUGUUUCUUCAUGUGUAAAAUGACAAGAUUGUACUAUGUGGUACAUAAAACCUGUAACCCAUUGCCGUCAAGUCGAUUCUAACUCAUA